AUGUCUUCACGGCCGGAGCUCAAAGUCGACGAUGAACCUGGAUUCAUUCGUUUUUUCCGAUCGCUACCUUCCAAAGAUGCUAUCAAUGAAAGUAAUCCGACCACUAUCCGCUUGUUUGACCGUGGCGACUGGUAUACAGCACACGGCACUGAUGCCGAAUUCAUUGCCCGCACCGUUUACAAAACCACUUCGGUUUUACGAACAUUAGGCCGAAGUGACUCCGGCGGCUUACCAUCAGUCACUCUGAGUGUGACUGUCUUUCGAAAUUUCCUACGAGAAGCUCUUUUCCGUCUGAACAAGCGCAUCGAAAUCUGGGUGUCUGCAGAGAGUGGAAGAGGACAGUGGAAGUUAGGCAAGCAGGCCAGCCCGGGAAACUUGCAGGAUGUUGAAGAGGAGCUCGGCGGUGCGGGUGGGAGUGCGAUGGAUUCGGCGCCCAUCAUCCUUGCCGUCAAGGUUUCCGCUCGUUCGUCAGAGGCUAAGAAUAUUGGUGUUUGCUUCGCGGAUGCUAGCGUUCGAGAACUCGGUGUGAGCGAAUUCCUCGACAACGAUGUCUACUCAAAUUUCGAGUCGCUUGUUAUACAGCUUGGAGUAAAAGAAUGUGUCAUUCAGCUUGAUAGCACCAAGAAAGACGCUGAACUGGCGAAACUUAGGGCUAUUGCUGAUACUUGCGGUGUUGCUAUAACCGAGCGACCCAUGGCAGACUUUGGUACGAGAGAUAUUGAGCAGGAUUUAACCAGACUGUUGCGUGAUGAAAGAUCAGCUGCUACAUUACCUCAAACGGAGCUGAAGUUGGCGAUGGGCGCCGCUGCUGCUCUGAUCAAAUACUUAGGAGUCAUGUCAGAUUCGACCAAUUUCGGUCAAUACCAACUCUAUCAGCACGAUUUGUCACAAUACAUGAAACUAGAUGCCGCCGCAUUGCGUGCCUUGAAUCUCAUGCCGGGCCCACGAGACGGAGCGAAGAAUAUGAGUUUGUAUGGACUUUUGAACCAUUGCAAAACCCCUGUGGGAAGCCGAUUGCUUGCUCAAUGGCUCAAACAGCCACUGAUGGAUCAGGCAGAGAUAGAAAAACGUCAUCAGUUGGUUGAAGCAUUUGUUGUCGACACGGAAUUACGACAGACUAUGCAGGAGGAGCAUCUGCGAGCAAUCCCAGACUUAUACAGACUGGCCAAGCGCUUUCAGCGUAGUCAGGCUAAUUUGGAGGAUGUGGUACGAGUUUAUCAGGUUGCUAUCCGCUUACCAGGCUUCGUCCGCAGCUUCGAAAAUGUCAUGGACGAGCAAUACCAAACUCCUUUGGAUGACCAAUACACGACAAAGCUACGCAACCUAUCUAACAGUCUUGCAAAAUUGGAGGAGAUGGUUGAAACUACGGUUGACCUUGAUGCGCUCGCUAACCAUGAAUUUAUCAUCAAACCUGAGUUCGACGACAGUCUCCGGGUCAUUCGAAAGAAGCUGGACAAGCUCCGAUACGACAUGGAUUUGGAACACCGGCGGGUCGCUAAAGACCUAAAUCAAGACAUGGAGAAGAAACUAUUCAUGGAGAACCACCGCGUUCAUGGUUGGUGCUUCAGAUUAACCAGAAAUGAAGCCGGGUGUAUUCGCAACAAACGAGAGUAUCAGGAGUGUUCGACACAGAAGAACGGAGUAUACUUCACCACGAGAACGAUGCAAGAACUUCGCAGAGAACAUGAUCAAUUGUCAUCGAACUACAACCGCACUCAAUCAGGCCUAGUUCAAGAGGUAGUUAAUGUUGCUACUUCUUACUGCCCUGUGCUAGAACAACUAGCCGGCAUUCUAGCUCAUCUAGAUGUCAUUGUGAGUUUUGCCCACGUAUCGGUUCAUGCUCCGACAGCAUAUGCUCGGCCCAAGAUGCACCCUCGAGGUACAGGAAACACUAUUCUUAAAGAAGCACGUCAUCCAUGCAUGGAAAUGCAAGACGAUAUCUCAUUUAUCACAAACGACGUGUCACUUGUGCGAGGUGAAUCCUCAUUCCUCAUUAUCACAGGACCGAACAUGGGUGGCAAAUCAACCUAUAUUCGGCAGAUCGGUGUUAUUGCGCUGAUGGCUCAGAUUGGCUGCUUCGUGCCUUGCACUGAGGCAGAGCUGACAAUUUUCGACUGCAUUCUUGCUCGAGUGGGAGCAAGUGAUUCGCAGCUCAAAGGUGUGUCAACUUUUAUGGCUGAAAUGCUCGAGACUUCAAACAUCUUGAAGUCUGCCACAUCCGAAUCAUUGAUCAUCAUUGAUGAGCUUGGUCGAGGAACCAGUACUUACGAUGGCUUCGGGCUUGCAUGGGCCAUUUCCGAGCAUAUUGUCACGGAAAUAGGCUGUUUCGGAAUGUUUGCAACUCAUUUCCAUGAGCUAACGGCCUUGGCCGAUCGCUAUCCAAAAUCCGUGAAGAACCUGCAUGUGGUCGCUUUUAUUAGCGAUGCUAAGGAAGGAGAAAGCAAUAAGAAGAGGGAGGUCACGCUCCUCUACCGCGUUGAACCUGGCGUCUGCGAUCAGUCUUUCGGUAUUCACGUUGCCGAACUCGUUCGCUUCCCGGAGAAGGUGGUCAAUAUGGCUCGACAAAAAGCAGAAGAAUUAGAAGAUUUCACCACAGCAACUUCCGAUAACACGGAGAAGAAAGAAACCUCAGCCCUUGACAGCUACUCCCAAGACGAAGUAGAAGAAGGCAGCGCACUCUUGAAAUCAAUGCUACUCAAGUGGAAGGCAGAAAUUGAAGCUCCAGGCAGAGAGAACUUGACCGCAGAAGAAAAACGACAGAUCAUGCGCGACUUGGUUACAGCAGAUGGCAACUUGCAAUCGAAUAAGGUCUUUCAGAGCAUCAAAGCUCUUUAG